CAGAUACUCACCAGAGUUAAACUUUCAUCCAAAUCAGCUAAAGAAUUCUCUAAAGUAAGCAGGAAAAAAAUGAGAGAGAAAGAAACAAAGAAUGUUCUAAAGAAAGAAAUGGGAGAAUACACUUUUCAUUGUGACUGUGUCUACAUUAGACAACUUAAGCAGUACCAUAAGGAUAGCUGCAGCCCAAAGUUAUCAGAGUUGGUGAAGACACUUGAAACUCCAGAGGAGAACGUAAGCCAUAUAAAUGACUUCAGUGCAGCCAGAGAAUUAAGAAAACUACAGUGGAAGAUCAAGACUAUUUUGGAUGACUGGCUGGAACAUUAUCGAAUGGCUUUUGAAAUUGAUUCACCACACGUUCACAAAAUGCCUGGCCUUCCUCAGAGAGCUUUAAGAAAAUGCACAGUGCAGUCUGCAGCUGCUCCCUUGGCUACCUCAAUCGUACAGAGAGCACAAGAGAAGAACAGAGAGGACAGUGGAGCCUACGAGUCGGACAGCUCUCUCCUGCUAGCUCGUUUUCAAUCAGUUCCUGCUCAUAACAUGUGGGAGUUGUUGCAUUAUUCUCCCAGAAUUUCCUCUUCAGUAAACAGCAAUAUCAAACCAGAUCAGCCAAAUGUGCCUCAAUUCAGUUUAAAUAAAGGCACCUCCGUACUACAGAACUCCUACAUAUCAGGCGAUAAACUAUGGUUUACAUCCCAUAGUGCUUGCCCUGUUGUCCUUCGGAGAACACUGGUGGGGCAGGAAGGAAAGAUAUGCAGAUGUAGUAAUCAUCAGAUUCCAUAUGUAUCAGACCUGGAGUAUGAUCACCUUAUUAACAACCAGAUGUCUGCCCUGGAACAAAUAAUGGUGAUCUGUGUGUCUUCUUCAUUGAAAACAAAUGAGGAUCCAAGUGAAGACAAAUUAGAGCAACUCUACGAGAGGAAGAACAGGAACAGAAGUAUGCCAUGUAUUCAGGGUCGCCUGGACUCCUAUCGUCUCCUCAAAUAUGACAUCACCUCUGCAGAUGAAUUUACAGGUCAUAAAGGUUCAUUACUGGUGCAAAGGCAUAAUGUUGCUCCCGGCAUGUUUUUGAUGUACAUUCAAGGAAAGCUGCUCUUUGCCAAUUAUAUUUUCAAUGGAUAUAGCAAGUCAGCUAAAGACCUUCAAAAACAAAUAGCAAAGACCAGGAGUGAUUACCAUAUGGGCUACUGUCUACCCAACGAUUUCAGAUUCAGUUUCCUAGAGGACAGCUUGCAGAGUUACUCUUGACAUACAAAACAAUGCCAAAUGGGAAUUCAGAACAUGUUUCUAAACUUAUUUACUGACAGGUAGGGAAAAUAUCAGGUUAUGUGACAAACACUUGAUCAAAACUGUUGUGGUAUAUUUUAAAAUAUGAAAAUCUUGGUUGCAUUUUUUCUAGGGUUCUGAUUAUUCUCUCCCAAAUGUUUAAAUAGAUUUCGAGACAUUUGUAAAUAAGGGAAACAUGGUAACUAGGGCCUGGUAUUAUAAUUAAGAUAAGUUAAGCUGUCAUGGAGGAUAUAAAACUCCUGCUAAGAUUAUUAAAAGUUAGUAUUAUGUGUAAUUGAAAUGGCUGUUUUUACCUUUUAGUGAUGGAGUAGGAGAAAACUGAUGGAGCGUCAAUCAUCACACAACCAAUAAGAUUUAGGAAAUCAGUCAAUUGCCAGGUGGACCUCAUCUGGGAACUGGCAAAUUAUAGGGUUUGUGGACAGUCACUAAGGAGGACGUGAAGAAGGGAGUGUUCCUGGUUUCUGCAUGGAGUGGUUGGGUCAGGAUUGGGUCACGAUCAAGGGAUUGGGUCAGGAUCAACGGGUUCUCUACAUAGCAAGUUACUGCAUGGCAAACCAGGAUGUGAAUAUAGAGUACACCAGCUGCACUACUGCACAAUGCAAGUCCCAGAGUGUGGCAUGGCUUACAAUGCUUUCAAGGAGUACUACAGCAAGCUCCACUAUGGGAUUUUCACUGUGCUGCAGCAGCGUCCAUAUUCUUGCUCGGCAAGCUUCUGCACUGUACUGGAUUGCCAGGCAGUAAAAUGCUGUGUAGACAAGCCCCAAGUCCUGACCAGACAGCCUGCUUCCUCAUCUCUGAUACCCAUAUAUUCACUGUUACUAAACUUGUAAAUUCAGUGUGUGUAUAGUAACUGAUCAUACACAAUAUGUGAUGGGAUGUGCUUGUUCAUCAGAGAUCAGAUUUGGGGUCUUAAAUGUUCAGCUAGUAUUUAAAUAAGUGCAGUUCGGCAUUCAGAGAGUAUAUUAGACCAGGUGGCAAUUGCUGAAGAUCAAACUAGGUUUUAUUUUGAUUCAACGACUUCUUGUUUUGCAUAGCAAUGAAAAACAUUUAUCAAAGAAAUCCCAUUGAAUAUCAAUACCUUUUUUACCUCCACCAAGCCAAAUAUUUUCUUUCAUUUCA